UUUACUCCCGAGGCGACGCUCUCUUCUAAGCCUUUGUUUCUCCCACGCCGCUGCCUUCCGCGCCGUCCUUUGCAACGCCGUCCACACUUUUCUAAACUGAAGCCCUCCUUCUCUUUCGGUUCGCCCCCCUUUUUUAUUAUUACCGGGGGACUUCUCGGAGUGGGGGAGAAGACGAUUCCUCUUCGCGCCCCUCCUCCAGCCUCCUCCCCACCUCUUUAGCUUAGGCGGGCAAGACUCACCGUUCUUCAGCUCGUGUCUGACGGCUGUUCUCAACUUACAAUCCUGGGAAGUCCUAGUUACUAUCAUAAACCCAAAAUGCACAGGUUAGGUGAGGGGCACUAUGAUCCAACCAUUCCUAGUUGGCCCCCUCCCAGCCCUGUGCCUCAGUAAGGAUGAAAUGGUUUUCCUGGCAGGUUUGAAAUCUCUUCUUCCUUGUGCUGUCAGAACUCUGAUUCGAUCAAAUAAACUUAACAUUAGCAAUACCUCUGGAAUGGCAGAAGGUAAAUAUAAAGGAUUUGUACAGGCAAAUGUUAUAAUUAUGCAUAAAUCUUUUGCUGAUGACUUUGAAAAAUUUUGUCAAGCAAACGAUGGACCACUUCCCUUGCUGUAUAGAAGUAAGCCAGGGGAAUGGAAGUGUCCUUUCUUGAGCAAUAAUUCUGAUAUAAGAAGUGACUGCUUGCAAUACAAGAAAUAUGAGCACGGAAUAUCCACAGGAAUUGUGACAAAUCUGAAAGAAUAUUCUGAACAGUUUAAAGACAUGGUGACCUUUUAUCUGGGCUGUAGUUUUACAUUUGAAAAGGCACUCCAGAAAACUGGCAUUCCUGUAAGAAAUGUGGAACAGAAAUGUAAUGUAAGCAUGUACAAGACUGCUGUUCCUUGCUGUGAUAUUGAAUGUUUUCACUGUAAUCUAAUAGUAACUAUGAGAUAUAUACCUCAAGAUAAACUGAAAGAGUGUGUGCAAAUCACCCAUCCAAUGAAAAAAUCACAUGGAGCACCAGUUCACAUUGGCUCUUCUGAUUUAUUAGGAAUUAAAGAUCUAUCCAGUCCAGAAUAUGGUGAUGCAGUACAAGCUAAUCCUGGAGAUGUACCAGUCUUUUGGGCCUGUGGAGUAACAGGAAUAGAAGCUGUCAUCAAUUGCAAAGCUCCACUGGCUUUUACCCAUUCACCUGGUUGCAUGUUUAUCACUGAUUUGGAAGUUGAAGAUGAUGCAUCUGGUAAUGAUAAAGAUCUCCCUGAAGUCUACAGUAUUUCUCAGGAUCCUUUGCAUUAUAGCAUUGCUUCAACAGCAGCUGUAAAGAAAAUUAGAGGCUUAGAAAAUAUAAUAGCAAUAGAUCCAGGGAACAGAGGUGUGAAACAUCUGUUUUCUUGUGAUGAACUUCUGAAGGCAUGCCUGUCGCUUUCCCAUGCAAAAUCAGUGUUGAUUACUACAGGAUUUCCCACCCAUUUCAAUUAUGAACCACCUGAAGAAAAUGAUGGGCCGCCUGGAGCCAUUGCAAUGGCAGCAAUCUUGAAGGCCAUGGGAAAAAAUGUAGUUAUAGUGACUGAUCAAAGAGCUCUCGAUUUAAAUAGAAAAAUUAUCAAGGAAGCUGUUGAGCAAGAAAUACUGCAAACACCUGUCCCUGUAAUCAGCUACCAAAGCAAUUCUCAAGAUUCAGCUGUGCAGUUUUUAUGUGAAGAUGGGAAUCCAGAAAAACCAAGAUUUAAUCAUUUGAUAGCAAUAGAACGUGCUGGGAUGGCUGCUGAUGGUAAUUACUACAACGCAAGGAAAGUUAAUAUUAAAUAUUUAGUAGAUCCCAUUGAUGAACUCUUUAUAGCUGCACAAACUCUCCCAGGAAUUACUACUACAGGUAUUGGAGAUGGAGGAAAUGAAUUGGGAAUGGGAAAAGUAAAAGAAGCCACAAAGAAGCACAUUAAAAAUGGAGAUGUCAUAGCUUGUGAUGUGGAAGCUAAUUUUGCAGUUGUUGCAGGUGUUGCCAAUUGGGGAGGCUAUGCAGUUGCUUGUGGACUAUAUAUCCUCAAUACAUGUGAAAUACAUGACCGAUAUCUGAGAAAAGCUGUUGGAUAUCCCAGGUUUUCCAAAUAUAAGAACUGGGCAUCAGCAUUACCUUCUGUGGCUAAGGAAGAAAACAUGCUGAAGAUAUUACAGCGGCAUCAUGUUCGCAGUGGAAUAACUGCAAGUUUGGCAAUGGAAGUGGAUGCUCUGCCAUUCUUUGACAUUCAUUCAAGUUUAAUAGAGAGGCUGCGGGAGGAAACUUUCAAAUAAUAUUCCAUCUCUAACAAUAUGGUAUAGUAAACACAUUUAGUCCAGAAUAUAUAUUACCACUACAUUCCCUGAUCAGAUAUCCUGCCACAAUUUAUUAUUCCAAAUAGUAUGAGGUAGAAGAAUGUGUGAUUGUACAGUAAAUUUCUGGAAUAAUGUCAAUGUAGAAUUAAUACAUUUUUCAGAAUGAUAUCUUUUUUCAAUUAUCUAACUAAAAUGUAUCAACAAUAAAUUAAUCGAGAAUACAUUUUCUUUGAUUUAAACAAGAUUCAUCUGUGCCUCAUUUGCCAGAUGCCCUGUUAAAACGGUAAUAACCCUCCAAAGGAAAGUUGCAGACAGUGUUCUGAAAUACUUUCUUCUCUCCCACAAAAUAAUAGGAAUAGAAGGGGCCCUUAGGCUAUUGAAUUCAACUCUUUGCUCAGGGCAAGCAUCCAAAUUAAAAUCCAUAGAAGUCUACCUAGCUUUACUUUAGUAGGCGAUUGGUUGCACUGUCAAACUGCUCUUCUUAGGAGGAAAUUCUCAACUUUGAACCAGAGUCUGCCUUCCACUGAGUUAUUACAUGUCUUGUCCUCUAAAAUGAUAAAGAAUGAGUUGUGUCCUUCUCUAUGAUAUUACUCUGUGAUUUCCUUCCAGUAUGAAGAGGGAGGUAGCAUAUUCCCACUCAAUUGUCUUUUUUUCUGAAUAUAUGUAUUCAGUUCUUUCUAUUGAUUCUCAUUGAAUGUAAUUUCUAGUUCCACACUCAAACUUGCUGUCUUUUUCUUGGUGUUUGAGUCCUUGUUAAAGGCCAUGUCCAUGAUAGAAAUAUAAAACUCU